AGGUGAUUGCAGUCAAGGCGGCAUGGUCACUCUGCCACCCGUACUAUAUUACAGUCUCCCCAUCCUCAGUUUCCAUCUGUGUGCUCUAUCACCAAGAAAUGUCCACAGCCGCGUCCCAGGUAAUCCUGCACCCGUACGUCUCUCAGGCGCUUAAAUACGGGGGGACGAACCUUGGUAGAGACAAGCUCUACCGGACUGUUCAGUACUUCGCCCGUUUCCUCGCCUGGUAUUUACAAUCAAGGGGUCAGAAUCUCCAGGCCACCCGCUGGACAGCACUGAAGAGCCAUCUCGCACUUGCACGCAAACUAAUGCGACUCGGUAAGCCUGUGGAACAUCUACAAGCCGCCCUGCGCGCUGCGCAGACAGCCGGAGAUGUCGGCGAACAACUCGCUACCAUUGGCCGCCAGAUAAGUUAUUUCGGAUACCUGGUUUACGACGCAGUGGUUUGGGCAAACGCCGUCAAGAUUAUAAACCUCAAACCUUCCACCAGUCAGAAAGUGGCUAGAGUCUCCAAUCAAUUCUGGCUAUCCGGGAUAUUAUUUAGUGUCGUACAUGGCUUACUCAAGGCUGGCAGACUUGCAACGGAAACAAAGAAGUUGCGUUUUCCAGACAGUCACGGCGAGAAGGACCUCGCACACGAAGCGCAGAGAGAGUUGAGGCAACUUACCCUUCAGAAAAUGCGGGAGGACGUUCGCUAUCAAUUCAUAAUCGAUAUCAUGGACAUCUGGAUACCAGCCUCGAGCUUAGGGCUUGUAAAUGUCAACGAUGGCAUAGUUGGUCUAGCAGGGUUAACGUCUUCGAUCAUGGGUAUGCGCACGCAGUGGAUUGCAGUCAAUGGGUCAAAGUAAGGCAGAUUUUACCUUCGUUACAACAUAAUCGUGUGUAAACCAUCAAACUCGAUACUCUUGUAAAGUUAUAGACCAGCUUUGUACGACAGUGAUCCGGUUCAUUGACUUGAGUAUAUGUGGUCCAGGUGGCAAGCUUAAAUUUUAGCCCUAGUUUAGUUUUACGAUGUGGCGGACUCCGCAACCAGUUGGGCCUUCGGCUCCAGGGGAUAUUUGGUUCCUCAGGCGCAUAUACUCAGCUCGUACCUUGGCCAUUGGUUCAGGCCCUGUGCUGAAAAUCAUACGUACAAUCAC